AGUGCUGCAUAUAUGCCUGAGUGGUGCUGAAGCAGGUCAUGCUUCCUGGGAAGAAGGCUCCUGGGUGGCUGAAAGCAUUCUCAUCAGCUCUUACUGUAUUCGACUGGUAGUGUUAUAUCCUUUCUAAAGUCAUAUUGAAUCCGACUGCACUGAGUACAAGUAAAUACUACAAACACAGCUUUGAAGACCAUUGUGAAGACUGUGUAGGAGACAAUACAUCGAGAAUCUUUUUAUUGAGUUCUUCUAGAACAAAAGCCAGGAGCUCCCUAAUGUAAACACAUUAGUCUUUGUUUUGAGGAGGAAAUACAUAGUUUGUUUUUUUUUUUAACAACCAUAAAGUAGACAGCUUAGCCCCCACUAAAAAAAAAAACCCAUUUUGGAAGAUGUCACUGAACAACUCUUCCAAUGUAUUUCUGGAUUCCAUGCCCAGUAAUACCAAUCGCUUUCAAGUUAAUGUCAUAAGUGAGAGCCACGAGAGCAGUGCGGCCGUGAAUGACAACACCGAUCCACCGCAUUAUGAGGAAACCUCUUUUGGGGAUGAAGCCCAGAACAGAUUCAGAAUCAGCUUUCGGCCUGGGAAUCAGCAGUGCUAUGACAGUUUCCUCCAAAAUGGAGAAACCGCUAAGACAGAUGCCAGUUUUCAUGCUUAUGAUUCUCACACAAACACGUACUACCUACAAACCUUUGGCCACAACACCGUGGAUGCUGUCCCCAAGAUCGAGUAUUACCGCAAUACCGGCAGCAUUAGUGGGCCCAAGGUCAACCGACCCAGCCUGCUGGAGAUUCACGAGCAACUUGCAAAGAAUGUAGCAGUGGCUCCAGGUUCAGCUGACUUGGUUGCUAACGGUGAUGGGAUCCCUGGAGAUGAACAAGCUGAAAACAAGGAAGAAGAUGAUCAAGCCGGUGGUGUGAAGUUUGGAUGGGUGAAAGGUGUGCUGGUGAGAUGCAUGCUGAAUAUUUGGGGUGUCAUGCUCUUCAUCCGCCUCUCCUGGAUUGUUGGAGAAGCUGGAAUCGGUCUCGGAGUCAUCAUCAUUGGCCUGAGUGUGGUAGUGACAACACUCACAGGUAUUUCUAUGUCUGCUAUUUGCACAAAUGGAGUAGUAAGAGGAGGUGGGGCCUACUACCUUAUUUCUAGAAGCUUAGGGCCGGAGUUUGGUGGGUCUAUAGGCUUGAUCUUUGCUUUCGCCAAUGCAGUGGCUGUUGCUAUGUACGUGGUGGGAUUUGCUGAGACUGUGGUCGAUCUUCUUAAGGAGAGUGAUUCAAUGAUGGUGGAUCCAACCAACGACAUCCGGAUAAUAGGCUCUAUCACAGUGGUGAUUCUUUUAGGAAUUUCAGUAGCUGGAAUGGAAUGGGAAGCAAAGGCUCAAGUGAUUCUUCUGAUCAUUCUUCUCAUUGCUAUUGCAAACUUCUUCAUUGGAACCGUCAUUCCAUCCAACAAUGAGAAAAGAUCCAGAGGUUUCUUUAAUUACCAAGCGUCAAUAUUUGCAGAAAACUUUGGGCCACACUUCACAAAAGGCGAAGGCUUCUUCUCUGUCUUUGCCAUUUUUUUCCCAGCAGCAACUGGGAUUCUCGCUGGUGCCAACAUCUCAGGAGAUUUGGAGGAUCCCCAAGAUGCCAUCCCCAAAGGAACCAUGUUGGCCAUCUUCAUCACCACUGUUGCCUACAUAGGAGUUGCUAUUUGUGUAGGGGCCUGUGUGGUCCGAGAUGCCACGGGAAGCAUGAACGACACCAUCAUUUCCGCGAUGAACUGCAGUGGUUCAGCAGCCUGCGGGCUAGGCUAUGACUUCUCAAGAUGCCGGCACGAACCAUGUCAGUAUGGGCUGAUGAACAACUUCCAGGUCAUGAGCAUGGUGUCAGGGUUUGGCCCCCUCAUCACUGCUGGCAUCUUCUCCGCAACUCUCUCCUCGGCCCUGGCCUCCCUCGUCAGCGCACCCAAAGUCUUCCAGGCUCUGUGCAAGGACAACAUCUACAAAGCCCUGCAGUUCUUUGCAAAGGGAUAUGGGAAAAACAAUGAACCCCUGAGAGGAUACUUCCUCACUUUCGUUAUAGCCAUGGCGUUCAUUCUUAUUGCGGAACUGAACACCAUUGCUCCCAUCAUCUCCAACUUCUUCCUGGCCUCAUAUGCACUUAUUAAUUUCUCCUGCUUCCAUGCCUCUUAUGCCAAAUCUCCAGGAUGGAGACCUGCAUAUGGUGUUUACAAUAUGUGGGUAUCUCUUUUUGGAGCUGUUCUGUGCUGUGCAGUCAUGUUUGUCAUCAACUGGUGGGCAGCUGUCAUCACCUAUGUCAUUGAAUUCUUCCUCUAUAUCUAUGUGACUUAUAAGAAGCCAGAUGUGAACUGGGGCUCAUCCACGCAGGCUCUUUCUUACGUGAGUGCUUUAGACAACGCUCUGGGACUAACUACAGUGGAAGACCACGUGAAAAAUUUCAGGCCCCAAUGCAUUGUCUUAACAGGGGGACCCAUGACGAGACCUGCUCUCUUGGAUAUAACUCACGCCUUUACCAAGAACAGUGGCCUUUGCAUCUGCUGCGAAGUCUUUGUGGGACCGCGCAAGCUGUGUGUUAAAGAGAUGAACAGUGGCAUGGCAAAAAAGCAGGCCUGGCUUAUAAAGAACAAAAUCAAGGCUUUUUAUGCUGCAGUGGCGGCAGAUUGUUUCAGAGAUGGUGUCCGGAGUCUCCUUCAGGCCUCGGGCUUAGGAAGAAUGAAACCAAACACUCUGGUGAUUGGAUAUAAAAAAAACUGGAGGAAGGCUCCCCUGACAGAGAUUGAAAACUACGUGGGAAUCAUACAUGAUGCCUUUGAUUUUGAGAUUGGUGUUGUCAUAGUCAGAAUCAGCCAAGGGUUUGACAUCUCUCAGGUUCUUCAGGUACAAGAAGAAUUAGAGAAGUUAGAACAGGAGAGGCUGGCUUUGGAAGCCACUAUCAAAGAUAACGAAUGUGAAGAAGGAAGUGGAGGCAUCCGAGGCCUGUUUAAAAAGGCUAGCAAGCUGAACAUUACCAAGCCAACUGCUAAGAAAGACAACAGCAUCAACACAAUCCAGUCCAUGCACGUCGGGGAGUUCAACCAGAAACUGGUGGAAGCCAGCACCCAAUUUAAAAAGAAGCAAGGAAAAGGCACAAUUGAUGUUUGGUGGUUGUUUGAUGAUGGAGGGUUAACACUCCUUAUCCCCUAUAUCUUGACUCUCAGGAAAAAGUGGAAAGACUGUAAAUUAAGAAUCUACGUCGGAGGGAAGAUCAAUCGCAUUGAAGAAGAAAAGAUUGCAAUGGCUUCCCUUCUGAGCAAAUUUAGGAUAAAAUUUGCAGACAUCCAUAUCAUCGGUGACAUCAACGUGAAGCCAAACAAGGAAAGUUGGAAAGUCUUUGAAGAGAUGAUUGAACCAUAUCGUCUCCAUGAAAGCUGCAAAGAUUUAACAACUGCUGAGAAACUAAAGAGAGAAACUCCGUGGAAAAUUACAGAUGCAGAGCUGGAAGCAGUCAAGGAAAAGAGUUACCGCCAAGUUCGACUGAACGAACUUCUACAGGAGCACUCGAGAGCUGCGAAUCUCAUAGUCCUGAGCCUUCCAGUGGCAAGAAAAGGAUCUAUAUCAGAUUGGCUGUACAUGGCUUGGCUGGAAAUCCUCACGAAGAACCUCCCUCCCGUCUUACUAGUUAGAGGAAAUCACAAAAAUGUCCUGACAUUUUACUCUUAAAAGACAAAGGAUUGGCACACAUUUUAAUGCAAUGUAUGAAUAAUUAGAAACAUGUUUCAGUACUUUAUGUUAUAAAUCUGAUCUGUGGAUAUGCAAGAGUCUCUCUAGAGACUAUCCUGCAGGAUUCCCAGUAAACUUGGUCAUUUUCUUUUUAUUGUUAGUUAGUGGGAGCUUUUUUUUUCUUCCCUAUCAGCUUAAGGGGGUGUCAAAGCCAAUGCUAUCCCUGGAAAAACAUCUUUGUUAUUGCUGUUGGUAAAUAAGAAAAUUAAGCAAACCCAUGGUGGCUUAUGCUGGUGAAAACCACCAACCUAUUGUAAGCUUUCCCAGGCACAUCUAAUCUUUUGUUUGCUUCUAGGCCCUGGGAGAGGCCUCAGCCCCACAGCAGUUUCUCAUUAAAUGCUUACUGACAGUCUGGUAUAGUAACUGUGGGUGGUUAUCAAAGGAAAAAACCAACUGGGCAGGAAACGUGAUUAUGCGUGGCCUCCUGAGAAGCUUACACCUACAAAGAAGAUUUGAAAAUCAGUAACUGAAAACUUUAAGAAGUACUUGAUUCUACACCAUGUUUAAAGCGGUUACCUAAAUAGGGUUAUUUAAUGUAACACAGAUUAUACACUUAGAGCGAUCUGAGCGAUCAUUGAUAACAUACAGCUUCAACCUGGAUCUGACUGCAAAAUGCAUUAGCUGGAUUAGGAGGCAACAUAUAUUCCAAUUAGAUGCAAUAUAUCCCAUUCUUAAUACAUAAAUUUUAAUUGCUUUCCUUGCUAAAUAUUUGGAAAUUUCCAGCAUGGUAUUACUUUGCAUUAUUUUUUUCUAAGUAAGUGGUUAGCACAGAUGAAAUCUUCAUAGAUGUUUAAUUGAAAGCCAAGUACCACACAUUUUCAAAAUGUUAUAAAGAAAUAUAUCCAGAAUCAUAUUCUUAGUUACUUUAUAUAGUGAUUGUUUAGGUUUAAAAGAAUAAUUAAAGUAUGAAGUGGAGAUGCUUGCAAAUUUGGGAUAUAUAUACAAGUAUUGAUUUUUUUAAAUUUGUUAGUAUUCCUAUAAUACUUAAUCACAUUAAAAAAAAAAACUCAAAUUUUUUUCUGAUGAAUGGCUUGAUUAUUUUUUCCUGACAUAAUAUGACUGUUUAUUCUAACUGAUAAAAUAUAAGGGGGAAAAAAUCAACCUGAAAUAAAGGCACUCAAAUUCG